ACAUACACUAUUUAUCAAGACCUUCAGUACAGUUUCAUACAGCACUGUGCCUGUCACGACUCAGCUGCAGACAUGAAUAGCCAAGAAGUUACUUAUGCAGAACUUAAUCUGAUGAAAGACUCAAAGAGACAGCAAAUGAAACCCAAGGGCACUAAUAUUUCCAUUUCAGUAACUGAGCAGGAACUGCUCUAUGCAGAAUUAAAUCUUCAAAAUGCUUCUCAGGAUCUUCAAGGGAAUGACAAGAACUAUCACUGCAAAGGUAAAACAUUUAAUAUGCACACACUCAUUGCUAGGAUCCUGGGAAUCAUCUGCCUUGUCUUGAUGUCCACUGUGGUAACAAUAGUAGUUGUUACCCCUACUGAAAUACCAGAGCAGAAAAAUUUGUCCCUGACAACAAAGAUCCAGAAAGCACAUCACUGUGGUUGUCCAAAAGAGUGGUUUGUGUAUUCCAACAAUUGCUAUUACAUUAGCACUGAGAGAAAAUCAUGGAAUGAGAGUUUUAUGUCCUGUGCUUCUAAGAACUCUAACCUGCUGUACAUAGAUGAUGAAGAAGAAGUGUAUAUGUUGGACUUCUUCAUUCGUUCUUCAUGGUGUAGAGUCUCCCAGACAAGAAAUAAUAGUUCAUGGCUGUGGCCCAAAGGCUUAACUUUCCUUUCCAAACCGUUGUCAGUAUCUUCAGAGUGGGACCACAAUUGUACAUUUUUAUACGUUCAGGCCAAAAAAAUUUUAAUUGAAUCCUGCUUAGAAAUAAAAACAUAUAUUUGUAAGCACCAGGCACUUCAACCUACCUAAAUCUGAUAUAAUGCUGCUUCACCAUCUAUAAAGAACAUAUUUCUCAUUUC